AUGUUAGUAAUUAAUAAAAAUUUAAAUAAAAUAUUUAAUAAGAAAAUAAUUAAAAUAGUUAAAUAUUUUAAUAUGUUUUUUUAUAGUUUAUUUAUAUGGGUAUAUAUAAUUAUAUUAAUAUAUAUAUUAAUAAAUAAAAAAUAUUUUAAAAUUAUAUAUAAUGUAUAUAAAUAUUUAAUUAAUUUUUUAUUUAUAAUUUUACUAUUAAAUAAAUGUCAAAAAUCAGAUUUGAACUGA